GUCUGCUUCAAAGCUUAUCCACACUUCAACACCCAUCACUGUUCUUUUACACUCUAAUUCAAAAGGGCCGCCAAGUUGUGUUCUUUUGUCUUCUUAUAUUUCUUUUAUCUGUUGAGUUGGAUUUAUCCCAAUAUAGUUUCUCAAAUCUUAUCAUGGAUGAUAAUGUUAAGACUAGCUUUCUCAAAUAGCAUAUUAAACACCAAAAGCCGUGGUAGUAUAUAUAUAUAUAUCUGUCUCUGCUAAUAAGCAGAUAAGUAAUCAAAAGCCAGAACCAAAUGCGGCCAGAGCUGGAUACAGUAGCAGCUCCAUUGCCACCAUGUGCUCCUCACAGCAGCUCCUGCAGGUGGUGGCCUUAUUCCAACUCCAAUGAUUUUGAAGCCAAUGGAGCAUUGAUCCUCAUCAUUAUAUUCACAGCACUGAUAAGUGCUCUGGUUCUCAGUAUAAAAAUCCGCUGCUUCUUGCAUCGUGGCAGGGAGCUUAACAGAACAGAACAAGAUAGGGGAAAACCAGACAUGGAGGCUAUGGAAGCAGCCAUAGUGGUGGCUCCAACAAUGGUGUUUUCACCUGAGAUGAAGUUGGCAGGGACAGAGGCAGAGUGUGCUAUUUGCUUGUCAGAGUUUGUGGAAGGUGAGGGGAUACAGGUUUUGGGAAGGUGUAAGCAUGGUUUCCAUGUGCAAUGUAUUCAGAAAUGGUUGUCUUUCCACUCUUCCUGUCCCACUUGUCGCCGGAGUUGUCUAGCCUCCUCUUCUCCAUCUGCAGAAGGAACUGAGACCUGCUGCCCUGAAAAUGGUGCCAAUACCCAGAUACAGAUACACAGUGGUGCCAGAUAGAGCACCAUUGAGCAUCUAUUUUUUUUCUCAGAUUUGUAUACAAAUCCUUUGAAGCAUGUAAGACUUGAUGCAGAUAUGUGCAAUCAAUAUAUUAGAUAGAAAGAGACAUUCAAGCAACAGUAAUGGAAAUACCCUCCUUCUCCACCA